ACCGGAAGCCGCAUCCGGACCCGAUGAGCGACCACCCGAGGAAGAGUAACUUCAGCAUCGAGCCAUUCAAGAACCCGGUGAUCCUCGACCCCGGCUACGCCGAUAAGACAUGGAAGAUGCUCGAGCACGGUAUUCGCAACAUCUUGAACAAUAACUACGACGGCCUCAGCUUUGAAGUGCUCCACAGGAAUGCUUACAAUAUGGCGCUCCAUAGAUUUGGAGAAAAGCUGUACUCCGGUCUGGUGACCACCUUGACGAGGCACCUACAAGAAGUAUCAGCAUCGAUUGAGGCUGCCCGAGACGAUCAAUUUCUAGAGGAACUGAACAGAAGAUGGUUGGAGCAUGACAAGGCAUUGACGGUGAUUCGAGAUCUUCUGGCUCCCAUGGACACUACAUACGUUUCCGAGUCUCAUAAGUCGCCUGUUCUCAGACUUGGAUUGGAUCUGUGGAGAGACAAUGUCAUUCACUCCAAGGAAAUCCAGGCCAGGUUACCCGACGCACUUCUUCGCAUCAUACAAAGAGAGCGGAUGGGCGAAGUCAUAAUUCGAGAUUCGGUGAAGAACACGAAGAUGCUAAUGACGUACCUGGAACCUUCAUUGUAUGAGAAGGAUUUUGAGAAGCCCUUUUUGGAUGAUUCGGCCAUUUUCUAUGCUGGCGAGUCGCAGGUGCUUAUCGAAUGCUGUGACUGUAGGGAGUAUCUUAAAAUGGUCGAGAGGCGGCUCCGGGAAGAGAAGGAGAGGGCCUCUCACUAUUUGGCUGAUAGAACUGAACCAAAAGUACUUAGCAUCGUGGAGGAGGAGAUGAUUGCUAAACACAUGAGAAGACUGGUCCAUAUGGACUCUGGCCUCGUCAGUAUGCUUCUCCGUGACGAGUAUGAAGACUUGGGCAGAAUGUACAGCUUGCUCCGGCGAUGUACCGGAGGCGUCUCCACGAUACGCGAUCUCAUGACUUCACACCUUCGGGAAACAGGGAAGCAGCUGGUAACGGAUGCAGCGAGCUCGAGGAAUCCUGUGGACCUUGUUCAGCGGCUUCUGGAUAAGAAGGAUAAGUAUGAUAAGAUCAUCACUGGUGUAUUCGGCGACGACAAGACUUUCCAAACUGCUGUGAGUACUUCGUUCGAGUAUUUUAUCAAUCUCAAUAGCAGGUCUCCAGAAUUCAUUUCUUUAUACGUCGACGACACACUCCGUAAAGCCUCGGAGGGAGACGGCGGAAAGGAUGUAGAGAUCGUCCUCCACAAAGCGAUGACGCUUUUCCGGUACCUGCAAGAGAAGGAUGUGUUCGAGAAGUAUCACAAGCAAAACCUGGCGAAUCGACUGCUCUCGGGGAGAGCAGUUUCAGAUGAUGCCGAGAGAAGUCUGAUAGUGAAGCUUAGAGUUGAGUGUGGGCAUAACUACACCUCCAAACUCGAAGAGAUGCUUACAGAUGUCAAGUUUUCCCAGGAUAUCAUGCGAGGGUUCUACGCCAGCCAAGGUGUUGAUGAAGAAGCUGGGGAAGGCCCGACUCUGGCUGCCCAGGUUCUCACCGGUGCAAUAUGGCCAUCCCGACCAAGUACUGCAUGCAAGCUUCCAGAUGAAAUCCAUGAUGUUUGCGAGAAAUUUCGAGCAUAUUAUCUCGGAUCUCAUGCAUGCCGGAAACUAACGUGGCAAACUGACCUGGGCACCGCCGAUGUGGUGGCCACCUUCGGAAACGGCCAGAAGCACGAGCUGAAUGUUUCGACAUCCCAAAUGUGCGUUCUCGUGCUGUUCAAUUCAGCAGACCGGUUGAGCUGCAAGGACAUCCAACAAGCAACUGCGAUGCCGUUGCCGGAUCUCAAGCGGUGCCUUUGGUCUCUUGCUUGUGUUCCGGACAUGAAUGUGCUCUGUAAGAAUCCGACGAACAAUGUUAUCGCAGAGGAUGAUGUUUUCUGCGUCAAUGACAAUUUCACAAGCAACUUGUUCCAAGUUAAGAUAGAUACGGCGGCAGCAGAGGAGGAGUCGGAGUCGGAGCAGCAGGAGAUUCGCCAAAAAGUGGAGGAAGCCAGGAAAGAUCAAAUCGAUGCUGCCAUUAUCAGGGUCAUGAAAGCCCAGCGGGUGUUGAAUCUCAAUAGCCUCGUCACAGAGGUCGCCAAGCAGCUGCAGCCGCGCGUCCUGCCCGAUCCUGCCGUGAUCAAGAAGAGGGUUGAGUCCCUCAUCGAGCGGGAAUAUCUGGAGGACAACAAAAAUCAGUAUCAGUAUAUUGCCUAG